GGGGAGUCGGCUGCCAACCCGGCUGACACCCGCCGCCGACCCGCCCGCGCCCUCCUCCCGCCCCCGGAAUGCGACGCAGUCUCCCAGCCGAGCCUCCCCCGUGCGGCGCCCGAUCUGGACGCGGCGGAACGGAGCUGUCCGUGGUCCCCGCCUGGGCGAGGGGACGGAGCCCCUGUCCCGCGUGCUGGAGCGCAGCCCGGGAGCCGGUGCCAUCACGGGGCGCGGGGGUAAUGUCCUUGGAUGGACAACGGAUUCAUUCUACUGUCACUCGUGACAGGCAGACGUCAGGCCACCUCCUAUCCGGUGGUCGGGCGACCUCCUUACCAACUCCUGUCCUGGCUGCGCGCUCCGAGACUGGAACCUGUGACCUGGCAGAGCUUCUGACCGCAACCUCACAUCUCCUGAUGGGGCGGCCAUCGAGCACGGGAGCUGGGUCCCUACUCCCAGACUGGGAUAUCCUGACUCAGUUUCCCCACGGAGCUCCCCCUUGUCCAGAGCUGGGACAGAGGGGACAGCAGUCCGUUUCUCCCGAGAGUGAGAACACCUUGACCACCGGAGGCCCUGUCCAGUCCAGCCACGCUGGCCCUGUACUCCUCUGGGUGCCCCAUCAGUCCGACUUCCCCUUCUACAUGGAAGAGAAAAGCCCCUUCCUGUCUGAUUUGAGAUGCUUGUACCUCUUGGAUCAGUUUAUUGUCACCGGAGUCAAGUUUCUCCUUAUACCAAAUCCAGAUCUGUUCGCUAUUAGACAGACAUGCAUUUACCUUUGGAACCCACUGCCUCUGGAGAGCUUGGUGCUCCUGGGAGUUGGAACUAUUUAAGAAGCAAAAUUCGAGGCGCCUGGGUGGCUCAGUUGGUUAAGUGUCUGCCUUCAGCUCAGGUCAUGA